AUGAGUCAACAAACCAGCAAUAAACCCACGGUAAAAUUAAAUUUUAAAGCAUUAAAGAUAAAAGAAAAGGUCACAAAUUGGUAUGUCAAGGCGACCGAAUCGAAAUGGACGUGCUUCUUCAUUAUCACCUCAAUCGUUCAAUCGAUAAUUGCUAUUGUGAUGGAGAUAAUCAUCGUCGAGAGAAAUGAAAAUGCUUCUUGGGAAUUUCAAGUGCAAGCACAAAACGAUACUUGCAUUAGUUACUCGGUGGAUCGGAUUAACAACAUUUAUGGUGAAAACAUAAUCUUUAUACUCUUCAAUAUUUUUCAAGUGUGGUUCUGUUUCAAUGCGAUUGUAAAUCAGAACACAAUUCAGAUUAUAACGAUUGCGGUGAUAAAUUAUCUAAUUGGAAUAUUUGGUAUUAUACAAAUCGUGGAAAUAGAAAAAUGGAAAAAAACAGCAAUAGAAAAUUGUAAUCUUUCCAGUUUCGACAGUUACGACCUUCAAAUAGUGAGCCACGAACUUCCACUGAUAAUACUAUCAUUGCUGUGCGCAACUUUAAUGGGAUUCCUCACUUGGAAGUUGUAUCAGGCAUUUGGCUGGAAUAUCUAUAAAAAGAUUGGUGCCGAUCCGAAAAUGCAAGGGAUUUAUCGGACGAUGUUGAUCUUUGUUAUGUUGUUGAAAUUGGAUCUCUUCUUUAUGAUAGUGAUGUCCAUAGAAGUUUGUACCGUAUUUAAGGUGAACGAACAAGGAGCAAGAAAUCUUAGUGCCCCGCUGUAUGUCAUCCAUGCAGUGGUAACCGGAUCACUUUUUCUCCUGCAAACGCUUGCCUAUCGUUCUUUAAACAAAGAAUCGCAUCUUGGCACGAAAAUAUUUAUAGGAAUGUUACCAUUGGUGAUUGCCGAUUUUAUAAUGCUGCUUGUAAAAUCGACCACAGCUUCCAAGCAAGAUAGCUGGUAUUUCUUAAUUAUUUAUAUCAUCUCUGGUAUCAUAAUGGCCAUCUUGACUUUCAUUUGGGCUAUAUUCCUCCUAAAAAACUUUGAUAAAGGAUUGAAGAAGCACCUUUGUCAGAUGAAUCUUGAUGUAUCACCAUAUGAUGCUACGUCAGAAACACAUUCGACAGGCACGAGGCCCGGUUCGCCAAUCCGUUGGGCCAUUGAUGACGACGAUUAG